GACAAAGCUCGCAGGGUGUCACUGUUGCAGGAAUAAGGAAGGACUGCGCCCCUGUGCUUAGUUCACUAGCUUAGCUGUUUAAGUUUUCACGGUUUAAUGUUGACCCCUUAAAAUGGAUUUUGAGGAAUUGUUUGAUGAGCGGACAUUUCCAUUUUCUGAUUUCCAAGAGUUUACGUUUAUCCCAGGGCACCAGAAACUGUCAGAGCGUGUCCGAAAGCGUCUUUAUUAUGGAUUAGACAAGGACUGUACACUGGAUGCCCUCUCCUGCCCCGUCACAGACAUUGCCGUGGAACUGCUUCAGAAAUCUGCCCCUAGCCCCAUUCGAAAGCUUCAGAAGAAGUAUGCUGCACACGUUGCCAGGGAAGCUUGCAUCUCCCCUUGCGCCAUGAUGCUGGCCCUGGUCUACAUCGAAAGGCUCAGACACAGAAAUCCCGAAUACCUGCAACAGAUCUCCUCCUCCGACCUUUUCCUGAUCUCAAUGAUGGUUGCCAGCAAGUACCUGUACGACGAGGGAGAGGAGGAGGAAGUGUUCAACGACGAAUGGGGCGCCGCAGGGAAGCUGGACGUGCAGACGGUCAACACCCUCGAGAUGAACUUCCUGAAAGCCAUCGACUGGAGUCUCUUUACUGAACCUAGUGAAUUCUUUGACAUAUUGAGUCAACUAGAAACCAGCAUAGCGGAGAAGGAGGGGUUGAAGCGGGGCUGGUUCACGUACACUGACCUCUGUGUGUUGCUGGAGCAGUCGGCAUGGCGACACACCUUCACCGCCAUCUACCUGCACUUCACCAAGCUGGCCUGUAUGCUGGGCUUGGUGUAUCUGACCAGUGUGGCGGGGCUCAUUGCCUCCUCCGCCGUGCUGCACCAGCUCAGCUGUGCCGGUGCCCCAGGCCCGGUCUGCUCCGUCAGCUUCCAGACCUCGGCCGGUCCCCCGGGCCUCCUGCCGGACGCCGUCGCCCCGCCCUCCGACCUCCGCUGCUGCAUUCUGGGAAACGACAGCCAGGAGCGGCGCUCGGGCACCGCCGCCGCCGCCUCCUCGCCCGAUCGCUCCUCUUCCUCGACCUCGGCGCUGUGCUUCUGGAGCUCCUUGCUCACGUCGCUGGCUUGCCCCGACCCGGAGCCGGCCCGGGACCGCCCCGCCACCCCCGCUCCGGUCGGCCUGGGCUACCUGCUCCCCUUCUCUUCCACGCGGUGUGGAGCAGUUAACGGAUCUGCCGCCGACGCGCUAGCGUCCGCUAAACUCGCCACGCCUAAGCUGACCCCUGAUUUUUACGCUCCGGGACCCUUGGUGUGGGACCCCCAUCCGAGUCCCAGUAAUCCCCUUAAAGUGUGGCCCUGCUGCUCUGAGGCGGUGGUGCCGUUUGGGAAGGUCCAGUCAUUCCUCAUGCCCAGUUAGAGCACCUGGCCUGAGAAUGGUGCUGAUAUGAAGGACUAUGAGAAACAAAACUACCAGCUGUUUUUUUUUAAAAGAUGGAUUUACAGUAAGAUGCAUAUCCUCCCCGUGAGAUAUGAUAACAUAGACGAAUUGUUAUUCUGCAUUUAUAAUUCAUAUCGGAAGAAUCUUUGGUUGCACUUAUUCUGGAAGUAUGAAACGAUGUAAAGAUUAGAGAGAGAUUGAGUGCGUGUGUGUGUGUGUGCGUGCGUGCGUGCGUGUGUAUGUGUGUGUGUGUGUGUGUGUGUGUGAAAAUGAGUGAAGCCCCUUCAUUCUCUCUGAUACCGGGCUCUAAGCUAAAAAAAAAAAAAAAAAAUUUCUAGGUGCACAUGUGCUCCUAAAUUGAAAGACUUCGGAGCAGACUAAUUAAUGCCAAUUAGUAGAUCGUAAUUAACUCUCCCAGUUAGCACACGUCUAGUUUCAGGAGCAAAUGCUCCUAAAAUGGAAGCACUGUCGAGCCCUGUGGUGAGCUGGUGAUAGAGGUACAUAAUGUACAUGUCUGAUAUGCUGGAGCGCUUUUUGUCCUGAGUACAUGCUGGGAUUGAAAGCACAUGCAUUAAAAACCCGAAAACAUUUGAAAAAAGUUCAACCUUUUUUUUUUUUUUUUCGAUUUGGAAAGUAAAAAAAGAUAGUGGAGUCAGUGCAGUGGUCUGAAACAUUGUAUGGAAUGGUAAAAAUGUUUUUGAGGAGCAUACCUCCCUCCGCCAAGCCAAGUUUAAAUGGCCAAAGUUUUGUUAUGUUUAUGUAAUUUUGGGUUAAUUUGGUGUAACGGGAGUUGACUACUCGGUUGCUCUGUAGCCAAGUACGCAGUAAUGGAGGAGGGAAUUGGGUUUGUUUUAAAAAGGGACUGGAGUGUUGCUUAAACAUUCUGUUGGAAACCAUCUUGUCAGGCUGAUUGAGGAUUUUGCAUGUGACAAGGGCAGAAAUUCUCUGCUCCUGAAAUGAAGGCAGCCUACUGUUGUGAGUAACAUACUUUUUGGUUGUUGUGCUUUACGCAAGACUGCCGCACAGCGUGGUAUGGCUGAUGAGCACAGUUUGGAUGUGUGUGGUCUGAGUGGGAAGCAGGUUACAGCUUCCCUUGGGAAUCCUUGAACUAUAUGAAAUGCAUAGAUCUUUGAAGCACCUCCUUGGGUGGUGUGCGAUGACGUUUCAGAAUGUCCUGAUCAGGUCGAAAAGGUUUGAUUUCGAAGUUCGAUCCACGGGACAUUGCGAGAGAUACGGAAUGUGGUGUUUUCACAUAGUGGUGUGGGAAUUGCUUUUAAUCAAGGCUGUGUUUUAAGUUUGUAGUAUAUAAAUAAAUAAAAUAAAAAAAUAAUAAAAUGUUUUCUUACUCUGAAGUAUUGUUCACAUAUAUUGGGCUUGCAUUAUAUUUGGGUGAUCUGAUGAGUUUUCGGUUAAAAGUUGGGGAAUUAAUUUCCUGGAGAUUUACAGGGAACUAGCAAAAUUUUUAACCAACACAACACUUUUUAACCCCCUUUUCCCUCGCGGUCAGUUUAAAAUUAACAUAAUUAGUAGCCAGCGUCUAAUUUAAAUGUCCAUUUGGAUUAUAAGAGCUAGCUCCUGGCAGCACAGAACCCUCCUCACUCAUAGCCAAACCUAGCUGUGUAGUAUGUACCUUCAUAGUUCCCCGUUAGAAGUUUACUAUGGUGUUAUUGCAUUGCUUUGUUGUUACAAAGGAUAUGGGCUGUGUUGUUGCUGGAACUGAGGGAGUAGAAUGUUUGUGGAAAUUUCCUCUUGGUUGCCAUGGCUGCGGUGCUGGUCCUAGUCAGUCUGUGAAAUACUUUAUCAAUGAAAUGAUAUGGAAGAGAAAGUCAACGACUCAAGUUGUGUGUGGUUUGGAUUUUAUUUUAUUUUUUAACAUGGUACAUGGCUAUUCUUUUCUGUAACUGAUGCUUUGUUUGAUGUGGAAAUCCAAUCUUUUUCUUAAUUGCUCUUAUUUUUAUUUGCAGUAUUUAAAUAGUAUCAUUUGGACUUAUUUGUCAUUUUGGAAAACUUUCCAACAUGCCACUGGCAUACUGGCCCUUAACUUGAACCUACCUGGUCCAACUGGAGCAACCAAACAAAAUAAAAUUAGUAAUUUGGUGUGUACCCCUAAGUUUUCAACAACAAAAAAAUGUUUUUUAGUAUAUGAUCCCUGGGGAAAGUGUUGCUCAUACUGAACACCAGGUCCUCUCACCCAAACGCUUGCUGGUGUCCCUGUGCCCUCCCAACGUGUGUUUUCUGUAAGGUUAGUCGUGAGCAAAUGACUGCAGAAUUGCUCCUAAUUCAUUUUCAAGGUGGGUCAUUUGAUGCACUAACUUCAGGGGACCGAAGCAGAUUGCUUAUUUUAUGAGGUAUCCCUUGAUAUGUUAGGUGUAAAGUGCAUAAGGCAGUGUGGGUAAAUGCUCCAAGUAAUACUGCAUAUUUUUUAAUAAAGUAGCCGACAUUAAAAAAAAAGGUCAGAACAUAAGGUUUGGGGAUUGAGGAUUCCAGUUUAUGUAAACCAGUUUACAGGACGUAGUUUUUUCAAAUACUCUUCAAGCAUACCUCAUGAUUUCCCAUUCUCUCCAUAUUUUUAUGGAACAGUGGAAUAUUCUUGUUAUGAUUGUGUUGACGCGUCACUAAAGCACUGAACACAGAAUGUUUCCAUUCUGUUUUUUUUUUCGAUUCUUUGUGCAAGUGUCAGAAAAAGGUUUUCCGUAGUUUUGGAACAUGGAUAUGUGUUGCCCGGUGAGCGUUAUAGUAUCAUUACAUUGCGAUUACAAACAUCUUUAAGGCGUCACUUUGCAGAAGCAAUUCUGCCCUGUUUCAUUGAGUAACAAUUUUCACUCUCUUAAUCUCUUUUUUUAAUUUUUUUUUUUUAUUGAAAGUUGUGGUGAGUUUCAGAAAUUAUUCUUCAUAAUCAGGGCAGACGGACUCUUGCUCAGUAUGUUUAGGAAUGUGUAACAGUUGAAAUGCAUUUGGUUAAGUUGCUCUGACCAGUUCUUAAGGAUGCUAAAAGAAAAGAAUAAUGUGAUUCACAUGGCAGAAUGUUUUACUGCCAUUUUCUGGCACAAAAGUUUGUAAUUUAGAGUUUCUUUUUACUGCGUUCUUUCAGUACUCUGAGCUAACAGGGAGGUUACAGUUUUGAAAAAUGAUUCAAGGGAAGGGUACUGUGUACAGGUAUUCAUAAACUAGGCAUAAAAAAUUAACCCUUUACCUUUUAAUGGACUAAUCUAGGUGUUGAAAUGCUAAACAAAACAGAAAAAAGACUGUGCAGUUUUGUGGCACAAUUUCUUUUUUAUUCUUGAACAUGUACAAUACACGAAAUGUAUAGAAUUAUGUAAAGAUGUUCAACCUUAUCAAAUAAAAAUAUGCCAUAUGAA